AUGCAGAACACCAUCACUGAGCCCAACUUGGGCUACCUGACCACACUCAUUCAAAACACAAUGACAUACGAAGCAUCAGUGAGAAUAAAAGCUGAGCAAGAUUUGAAGGAGUUAGAAAAACAACCAUAUUAUGUUUCUCUACUCUUGAGAUAUAUUGCAGAUGGUACUAUGAGAAGCGAGCAUCGUUUGAUGGUUACUGUGUUGUUGAAGAAUUUGGUAAAGAAAGAUUGGGACGUAAACUUGAUAUUACGUCCUGAAGAUAAAGAGUUGAUUAAAAAAGGAUGCGUAGAUUUAUUAUUUUCUGCCUCUGACACCAAGAUACAAGACGUACUUUCCGAAAUCAUCACAAUCAUUAGUGAAUUUGAUUUUUACAAAAAUUGGACAAGUUUGCUUCCGUAUUUGGUGAAUCAAUUACGAACAAAUUCUUCAAACUUUGAAACUGUUAGAGGUGUGCUUUUUACUUGUCAUUCAAUCUUUAAAAAGUACAGAGAACAAUCCAAGACAGAUGAAAUUGAAGAUGAAUUGAUUUACAUUAUGAAAGAGUUUGCUGAUCCAAUGUUCCAUACAUUCCAAGGUUUUAUCUCAUCCCUUUCUCAAAUCACAAACCCCAACGACUUGAAAUUAAUUUUCACGUGCAUUAAUUUGCUACUCGAAAUAUUUUACUCGUUGAAUUGGGUUGACAUUCCUGAAUAUUUCGAAGAGCAUGUCGCAGAAUACAGCUCCAUGUUUAACACAAUUUUAAAUUAUGACAACCCAGCCUUAGAUAAUAAUUUAAUCGAAGAACCUGGAUUAUUGGACGAAGCAAAAAGAUUGGUUUGUCAAUCCAUUAAUCUUUACUUGGAAAAGUAUGACGAAAUAUUCAUUCCUUAUGUUGAAAUUUUUGCGACAAGCGUUUGGCAACUCCUCUCAAAGUUGGAUUCAAAGAUGAAGUAUGAUGCUGUAGUGUCAAAGGCUAUUGAAUUUUUAACCUUGGUCAGCAGAAGUGAAAAACAUGCCAUCUUUAAGAAUGCUUUAGCACCAAUAUGCGACAACAUUAUUAUUCCAAACAUUUCUCUUCGUGAAGAGGAUGAAAUUAUUUUUGCCGAAGAACCUAUAGAAUACAUUAGAAGAGAUAUCGAGGGAUCUGACACAGAGUCAAGGAGAAGGUCAGCUCAAGAGCUCAUCAAAUGCCUUAGCAUUUACUACGAAAAGGACAUUGCUGAUAAUUUUCUUCAAAAGAUUCAUUCUCUGUUACAAAACAAUGAUUGGAAGAGUAGAGAUGCUGCGAUUUUCUUGCUAACUUGCAUUUCUGUAAAGGCCUCUAUUCAAAGAAAGGGUGCCACUGUUGUUAGUCAAUAUGUGGGUGUGAUGAACUUUUUAUCUACCCAAAUAGUUCCUCAAUUACAAGCCAGCUCUCAUCCGAUUAUUCAAGCUGAUGCCAUCAAAUUUAUUUGCACCUUCAGACAACACCUUCCAAAAGACUCAUUCCCUGUGAUAUUCCCAUUGACAAUUCAACUUUUAUACUCUUAUGAACCAGUGGUUCAAACAUAUGCAGCAUGGUGCAUUGAAAGGCUAUUAGUGGUUAGAGAUGAGAAUGAUAAACCAAGAUUUACACAACAAGAUGUUUUACCAUUUGCAGAACAAUUAUUACAAGGAUUAUUCCAUGCUCUUGAUAACACUGAAGAAAAUGAAUAUAUCAUGAAAGCUAUUAUGAGAUCUACGGCUGCACUGAAAGAGCAAAUGAAACCAAUUAUGCCUGCUUAUAUUUCAAAGAUUACAGAAGUGUUGGGACAAGUUUGCAAGAAUCCAAAUAACCCCAAGUUUAACCAUUAUCUAUUCGAGUCCUAUGCCACUGUGAUCAGAUUCAACAGAGAUUACAUUUCAGAAUUUGAGGCUUCUCUAUUUCCACCUUUCCAAACUAUUCUUACAAGUGGUAUUGAAGAAUUCACACCCUAUGUUUUCCAAUUGAUUUCUCAACUUUUAUCUAUUAGACAACCUCCACUUCCACAAGCAUAUUUGGGUCUCUUUCCAAACUUUUUAAGCGCCAACUUGUGGGAAAGUGAAGGUAAUGUUCCAGGACUUGUUGCCUAUGUAGCCACAUUUAUUACAAAGGCACCACAAGAACUUGCCAAGAAUAAUCAAUUACAGCAAGUUUUAGGAAUUUUCCAAACAUUGGUCAUGUCUAAGACUAAGGAUUAUCAUGGUUUUAGAAUUUUGGACAGCUUAAUCUCAACUGUUCCAUACGAACAAUUAAGCAUGUACAUGGUUGAAAUUUUCAAAGUAUUGUUCACUAGACUUCAAAAGAAAAAGACUGGUCAAUUUGUGAGAUGUCUCAUUAUUUUCUUCUCCAACUUUGUGGUUAAAUAUGGUGCAAAAGCUUUAUUGCAAACCAUUAACCAAAUCCAGCAAGGUAUUUUCCCUUCGCUUGCAAAAGUCGUUUGGGAAAGCUCUUUAAAGUCCAUCUCUGGAAGAAUUGAAAAGAAGGUGUGUGCCGUUGCUUUGGCUCAAAUCUUGUUCCAUACUGAUUUGAUCCAAACUUCGGUCGACACUUGGAAGAUGUUGCUGGAUGAACUAGUAGCAUUCUUGGAGGGAGUUGACAAGGCAGAGGAAGAAGAAGAGGUUUUUGUUGAUGAUGAUGAAACCGUUCUUCACACUGAAAGAAGUAUGGCAGGUGGAUACAAGGUCACUUUCACAAAACUCAGCUUUGCUGCAAUGGGAAUUGAAGAUCCCGUAAAAGAAGUUCAGAAUAGUAAGCAGUAUCUUGCCCAAAGCUUGAGUAGCUUUGUGUCUCAACUUGAUCCUCAGCAAGUACAAUUUGUCAGGUCCUUAAUUCUCUCAAAUCCAACUACUGCGAAGCGUCUCUAUGAAUAUUUGCAAAGCAAUGGGUUUAAUCCAUCUUUCUUACAAUAA